UAAACUCUGGAGUGGCGUUAGCACAUUUUGUUUCCAAAAAAGCCAGUUAAGUAAUACACUACAGUUAACACUGGAAGCUCGACAUGCAAAAAGAUCUUAAGGAAGAAGGUAAAUAAAAGCAGUUAUCGUAGUCGCCACCUCUGCAGAGAUUUUACCAAAGACUAACGUUCGCUUUCUAGCUGAUUUAUUGGCUAGCACGUUAGCUGCCAGCCAUGGGAGCAAAGUUAUUGCAUGAACAUCUCUGGAAUUAGCUAGCUAGGCAAGAUGGACCUAUUCCGCUGUCGUCUUUGCGCCUUUUUGUUCCUCCACUGCGUCUGGUGUCUGCAGCUCUGUGGCAAGUUGUUCAGCGGAGAGACAUAAUGGACUAUGGCUUGGUGGAGGAGUUUGUCACCACUGUGUUGGAGGUAGUUCCUGAUCUGAUGAGUUACAGAGAGCGAGUCCAACUCAUCAUGGGACUGCGAGCACAGCUGGUUCUGGAGUUGUGUCGUACAGAUCACCUAGCCGACUCCGAGACCAUCCAACCACACCUGAACAGGCUUAGAUCCUGUGUCAUCACUCAUAGGGAAAAGGAGAUUCCUGAUCCAGAGGUGGAGGCAUCAGAAUCCAACUUCCUGAAGCUGAUACAAAGCCUGCUAGAAGACCCAAUUGAGAGGGAACACUUCUUCCAGAAUGUUUAUUCAGAGGAAUUCGGCCUCAAGUAUGACUCCGCACUGCAGAGUCUGGUGUGGGAGUUCCUGUCUAGGCUGGAGAAGCUACUUCCAACACCAACCCUUCAACAGACUGCAUCUUGGUUUCUACCUGACCCUUCUAUCCUGGAGGACUGUGUGCAGUUUGUGUGUCACCCCGAGCCUUUGAAGACCCUACUCCAGUACCACAACAACACAUAUGAAUAUGUGGACACCAACGCUCUAUCUUCGGUCGACUACAUCCUCUCAUCGCUGUCGCUCUCUCCACUAAAGACAGUUGUGAUCUUUCCAGAUCAAACUGACCCAGAGAUCAAAUCAGAACCCAUGGAGGAACCUUUGCCAUAUGAACAUAUGAACAUUCAAAGCCCAGCCUCAUCUGACAACGAUUCAGAAAUGCUUCCUUUGUUGGAGUCAGAUUACGUGAAGAGCGUAGAAGGGAUGCAUUCAGACGGAAAUUUGAAUGUUGAGAUUUUGUCAUUACAAAUUCAAGGUUCAGAAGAGGUGUGUAUACACAAGGAAACUACUGAGGGAAACCUCAAACACGAGACAACUGACAACGAGUCAGCCAGAGAGAGGGAACUAGAUGGAGCUUUUCACCAACCUCAAACUGACAGUGGGCUAAAAAUACAAAAACCUCACAGCAUCCAACAGAAAGUGCAGGACAGUUCUAGUUUGUCAACUUCCUGUCUGCUCCGUCAGCCCACGGUGCUUCUGCACCGACUUGACUUUACUGAUAUGCCGUUACCUGUGUCAUCUCCAACAUUGAGUCCAACAUUGAGGAGAAAGAGGCUUCAAAUUAAAAAAGGGGGAUCCCAAGGACAGAGAGCAGGAUGGGUCAUAUCACCAGAAAGUAAGAGGAAUGCCAAUGGACAGCCACCACCAGAGACUGAACAAGACGGUGUAACCUCAAACGAUGAUGCUCCCAGGAAAAGGAAAGCUGGUAGAGACCUAGAGGAAGAGAAACUGCACCACCACAUCAAGGACUUUCACUCAGAGGAGUGCAGUGGACAGAACAGAGAACCUUUUGACAGUAUGCCUCAGUAUUCUUUGGCCCCUGACCUAUCCCAUGUAAUUGGGCAGUCUAAUAGAAGCAAGCGGGUCAAAAUCUGCUCCUUAUGUAGGAAGACUUUCAUUGGAGCAAAGGAUUUGACGGCACACGUGAGAUCUCAUACUGAGCAGAGUCCUUACCAGUGUACCCAGUGUUUGCAAAGCUUUGAACAUCAGGAAGACUUACAGAAACAUCAACAGAUUGGGUGUGAGGUGGCAACUCAACCAGAAGAGGACAACAUGUCUACGGCAUCUUUUGAAAAGGAUAACAUGUCUACGGCAUCUUUUGAAAAGGAUAACAUGUCUACGGCAUCUUUUGAAAAGGAUAACAUGUCUACGGCAUCUUUUGAAAAGGACAACAUGUCUACGGCAUCUUUUGAAAAGGAUAACAUGUCUACGGCAUCUUUUGAAAAGGAUAACAUGUCUACGGCAUCUUUUGAAAAGGACAACAUGUCUACGGCAUCUUUUGAAAAGGAUAACAUGUCUACGGCAUCUUUUGAAAAGGAUAACAUGUCUACGGCAUCUUUUGAAAAGGAUAACAUGUCUACGGCAUCUUUUGAAAAGGAUAACAUGUCUACAACAUAUUUUGAGGAUGGGAUCGAGACAUCCCAGCCCAAUGGCACUUCGCCCCUGAGCCCAACAACUUCUAACGUUCGUCCCACUCCAAGAGAGUUUUCCAAAGCCAGAACUUGCCAUGUGUGUCAGGAAACUUUCCAAAGUGCAUAUUUAAUGAGAAAGCACCUGAAUUCCAAACAUGAUCAGCUCCCUUACCAGUGCCUCGACUGUGGAGAAAAUUUCAAGAGGAAGUUUCAUUUAAAGGAACAUAAGAAAUUGUGCUUGGCGGCGAGCUCAACAACUUCCAACAUUCGUCCCACUCCAGAUCAGUCUUCCAAAGACAGAAAUUGCAGUUUGUGUAACAAGACUUUCGACAGUCCAUAUUUAAUGAGAAAACACCUCAAAUCCAAACAUGAUCAACUCCCUUACCAGUGCCCUGGCUGUGGAGGAAAUUUCCAAAGGAACUUUCAUUUGAAGGAGCAUAAAAAAGAGUGCUUGGUGGCGAAGAGUCUCCUCUCUUGCUCUCUGUGUGACAAAACUUUCAUUGAAGCAAGCAAUUUGACAAAACACGUGAGAUCUCACACUUAUCAGUGCACCAAGUGUUUGCAAAGCUUUGAACGUCAGGAGGACUUACAGACACAUCUGCAGAAUGUGUUUGAAGAGCCAGCUCAAUUUGAAGAGGACAACACGUCGAUGCCAUCUUUUGAGGAUGGGACAGAGAUAUCUCAGCCCAACGACACUUCCAAUGUCCUUCCCACUCGAAAGGAGUCUUCCAGAGCCAGAACAUGCCGUUUGUGUCACAAGACUUUUGACACUAUACAUUUCAUGAAAAAGCACCUGAAUUCCAAACAUGCUCAGCUCCCUUACCAGUGCCUCCACUGUGGAGAAAACUUCAGGAAGAAGUUUAAUUUGAAAGAACAUCAGAAAGAGUGCCAUAAACCCACUCCAACACAGUUGUCCAAGGCCAGAACAUGCCAUGUGUGUCACAAGACUUUUGUUAGUGUACAUUUAAUGAGAACGCACCUCAAAUCCAAACAUGAUCUGCUCCCUUACCAGUGUCUCGGCUGUGGAGACCAUUUCUACAAAAAUUCUCACUUGCUAAAACAUGAAAAAGUUUGCUCGGCAGCAAAGAGGCUCCUCACUUGUUGUGAGUGUGGUAAGACUUUUAAGCUCUCUAAGCUUAAGAGGUGUAACCAGGUGAACCAACAGCAGGCUCCUAGGGGGGAUCACCAAGAGACCAACACGACUCUAAUAGUGGAAAAUGGGAUGGAUAUACCCCAGUCCUUCAGCACUACACCCCAGAACCCAACAACCUCCAAUACUCUCACAAUUCAAGGACAAUCCUCCAAAAUAGCCAACCAUUAUGAAACAUGUCUUUUGUGUAAUGAAACAUUUGAAAAUGGAGAGAAUCUGAGAAAGCAUAUGAAAUUUCAACAUGAUGUACGUACGUACCUGUGCCUUGAUUGUGGGGAGACAUUCCAAAGCAAAUCUGAACUACAGAAACAUUCUGGCAUUCAUUUGGGCUCCAGAAAGUGUCCUUUGUGUGUUAAAAAGACUUCUCAAUCAACGCUGCAGCACGUUCAGAGACAACAGCCAGACUUGAGGGUGUCAAGUGAGGGAGUUAACCCAAACCAGCACCAAAGAGAUGUUGAUCCAGCAGAUGGCAGCAGCUUGCUGGCACCAAGGGAACUUGAGACAAAUAUCCCCCAGCCUUCAACCUAUCUAUGUGAUACAUGUGGUAAAGACUUCCCAUCUCUGUGCCGAUUGAAAAGACAUUUGCAAGUACAUACAGGAGAGCAGCCUUUUCCUUGCACGGAUUGUGGCAAAUGUUUUACUUGCAAGGGUAGUCUGAAAAUCCAUCAACGCCUUCAUACAGGAGAACGGCCAUUUUCGUGCACUUUAUGCCAACAACGCUUUAUCACAAAUAAACACCUAAAAAGACAUAUGUUUACUCACACAAGGGAAAAGCCUUUUCAGUGUUCAGCUUGUGGGAAAACUUUCAAAACGAAACAAGGUUGGAGCAGACAUCAACAAUUUAGGCGUUGUUACCUGGAAAAACAUACUAGAGCAAGUUUUCCAGAGAAUCAGAAGGACUUACAAAAACAUCAGCAGAUUGGGCAUGAGGAGGCAGCUCAGCCAGAAGAGGAUAAAAUGUCUAGAACAUCUUCUGAGUAUAAGACAUCCCAGGCCCAUGGCACUUCAGCCCAGAGCCCUGACACUUCAAAUGUUUGUCCUACUCCAAGACAGUCCUCCAAAGCCAGAACGUGCCACGUGUGUCAUGAAGUCUUCCAUAGUGCAUAUUUAAUGAGAAAGCACCUGAAUUCCAAACAUGACCAGCUCCCUUACCAGUGCCUCGACUGUGGAGAAAAUUUCAAGAGGAAGUUCAAUUUGAGGGAACAUAAGGCAAGGUGCCAUUCUACGCCUUCCUCCAAAGCCAGAAUAUGCUGUUUGUGUAACAAGACUUUCAACAGUCCGUAUUUAAUGAGAAAACACCUAAAAUCCCAACAUGAUCAGCUCCCUUACCAGGAGCUUGAAGGGACUGUGGACAUGUUUUUAAGCUGAAGUUUAAUUUGAAGAAAUAUAAGAAAAAGUGCCCCAGUCUGAAAAGACAUUAGCGAGUACACACAGGAGAGCAGAAUCCUUGCACGGAUUGUAGCAAACACUUUACUUUGAAGGGUAGUUUGAAAACCCAUCAACUCCUUCAUACAGAAGAGCGGCCAUUUGCGUGCACUUUAUGCCAAGAACGCUUUAUCACGAAUAAACAGCUACAAAGACAUAUGUUUACUCAGUCAAAGGAGAAGCCUUUUCAGUGUUAAGCUUGUGGGAAGGAAGACUUUCAAAACAAGGUUGGAGCAGACAUCAACAAUUUAGGCACGGUCAGCUGAAAAAAUAUACUAGAGCAAGUUUGCUUGAAGAUUCUGAGUAAUUGUAAUUCCUGACCUUCACCAUUUUACUUGUGAUUUUGGUUCUUAUUUUAUUAUCUUUGAAUAGAGACAUGUUUGGUUUACAAACAAAUGUCAACUUUGAGUAAUGCACACGCAUUCUCGUGUUAAAAAAGCCCUCUAGCAGAAUAUUUAUAUGUAGAUGUCGGGACCUUGACAAACUUAAUAGUGAUGACUAUGAAAACACAAGACUGGUGGCUAUAACUAUGUUCUAGAAGAGUCUUCUGGCUUUAUCGAGCUCUAUUUGUGAUAUUUUACCUAGCUGGCUUGGUAGCUUGCUAGGUAAUUCAUCCUCGGUAGACAUCUGCGACGUUGUAGACGAUAACCAUCUGACUACAUGUUUGUUAACUUGCAUAAGCUGCAUCUGAGGUUGGAUGUUGUUGUAUUGACAAGCCCAGAUCUGAGGAAGAACUGCGCACUGCAACUUAAUGACCCGGCCGGGAAAUGGGUCUAUUAUCUAUGUUCAGGAAUGUCCCCCAGAGCUGUUGCCAGAGAAUUUAAUGUUAAUUUCUCUACCAAAAGCUGCCUCCAACGUCGUUUUAGAGAAUUAGGCAGUACGUCUAACCGGCAGACCAUGUGUAACCACGCCAGCCCAGGACCUCCACAUCCAGCUUCUUCACCUGCGUGAAGACCAGAGACCAGCCACCCGGACAGCUGAUGAAACUUUGGGUUUGCACAACCGAAGAAUUUCUGCACAA